AUGUCGUACAACAUCCCUCCACCAUUACAAAAGGCCAAUAUUGUAAGUGAGCCUCUCCUUCGUGAUUGCACGGUACGCACGAUGAGGCUCCUCCUUUAUCCUCUGCUCCGUCCCAUCCCAUCAGCAUCCUUCUUCUACCUCCCAUCGCAUGGAUCACGGCAACAGAGUCGGCGAAGUGAAUCCGUGCCACGCUCGACCAUGGACCUAGUGCGCAACGUCCUACCUCAGAGACUAUCACGAUAUGUCACUCUCGGCUCCGAGCUUCUGGUCCUACUCCAGGAGAGAUAUGGAGACCAUAUUGACUUUUGCAUCGCACACGAGAACGACCGCUGGUACUUUGACUGCCCAGAGCAACUUCAAGAGGUGAGGAAUACCUUGGGCUUCCCCCAUCCUAUCGUUGAUGCCGAUACCGAGCCGAUACUAACAGUUGCAAACAGGGAGAUCGUCACUCAGAUUGCUGACCGGCGCGAUGCUGCUCGGGAGGCUGCAAGGAGGGAACGGAGGCGGAGAGAGCGGCGGAAAGGAGGCGGCACCUCCAGCCGAAGAUAA